UAGCUAGAGUAGUACACCCUUAUAAACAGGGUUUGACCGUCGAAAAUCGAAAACCUGUUUAUAAGGGUGUACUACUCUAGCUAGCUUCUGCAGCGAGUAAUUUCAUAGCCUUUCGCCCGGUCCAGAGAUGUUCCGGCAUGUAGUAAAUUUGGCCUAGCUUCCCAGCCUCCUCCUCGGUAGUGAUAUGUGAUGAUUUUUCUGACAUAUUUAUUAUAUGUCGGAAAAACGUUCUUAUAGAUACUUAUAUGCCGCGAAGCCUAGCAGAGACAACGAGCCAAGGACAAACGUUAACUCGCCAUCUUGUUGUUGCUUUGAAGCAAUGUAAUAUUGGUACAUACUAUCGUCCAAUUCUCUCAGGCUUUUACCGGUUUUUAGCUGCAUCUCCCGCUGUUCACUGAACCAAUCAAGCUUGGCUUGCCUUUUACGUAUCCACUCUGCCUGAGCUUUGUUAAUCUUUUCAACGGCCCGGUACUGACGCCUGCGCUCCACCUCACCGUGUCCCGAGAGCUUACUGAGUAGAAAAUUUGUUCCACUGGAUGCAAGGGCGUUUAUAGCCGCCCCGGCCACUAUCACAGCUAUUGUCGCCAUGUCUCUUUAUUCAAUAUUCCACACCAUCGAGCCUACCCCCCAGUAUGUUCAUUUGAGCGUCUUUCAGGAGGUAUACAUAGAUGCGGUCUUGGUAUCCUCAUGCUGGUUUUGUGGUGGUUGCUCGGGUAUAGGAGGUGUAGCAUGUUUGGGAGGUAUAGAUGGUAUAGCCUGUAUGGUAUGAUCGGAAGUAUGUAUGGGAGGUGUAAUAGGUGUGGUAUGCUUCGGAGGUAUAGGAGGUGUAGUAUGCAUAGGUGGUUUGUUAGUAUGCUUGGGUGGUGUAGUAUGUAUGGGUGGUUUGAUAUUAUGCCUGGGGGCAUAUUAUGCCUCACAAUAGGCCUGUUUUUCACAUUGACCUGCACCCCCACGUUUACAUUGGAAGGUGCUAUGAGGAUAUUGUUGUUGUAACCCAUAAUUUUUCCUAUGCGCAGGUUCAUGUCGGAAGGCAGCAUGUACACGCCGGGCAUGACGGCAAAAUUUACCGGAGUUUGGGCAUAUUGCAACACCUUCUGGAAUUCCGUAAUGUCAUGCCCCACAUUUUCCUGACGUUGGACCAUGGCCUCAAAUUUCUGCAAUAAGAUUUACCUUGCUGUAUAGUUGUCUACGCCGGAGCCAAGUAAGGAUGCUUUUGCCUCUGCUUGCGAUCCUAGCAAUAGGACCACGUAAACCCGUAUACUCUCGCUUAGCUUGGUCAGGCCCUCCGAUGUUAGGCCCUAACUUGUGGGAGCUAUAAAUUUAGCCCAAUCCCCAUCAACUUGCGGCCACCAUCUACCAUUCGUCAACGACGACAUGACAGCCUUGAAUUUGUACAAAGCAUUGACAUCUGCACCGUAUUCUCGACUUACCUGUGCAUACCCAGAGGUGGAAUAGGGAUUUUUGUACUGAGAAAAACCGUCGUCCAUUCUUGCUAGGAUACGACGCAUAUGGUAGUACACGUGAAAUGUGAAGAUCAAAUUGACAAGGGAUACAGAACCCGUCAGAUGCUUGGCAGAUAUGCCUAAUGCAGUGCUUGCGCAAUGAGUACCGAAAUUAACCUGGAUAUUCCAGUGGUCCAACGCUUGCCCUGUCCAAUCCACUCUGACGGGGUCAUUUAGCAGAUUGGAGGGGAUUUUUAUGGCAUAUUUGGUAAACUCGGGGAAUGCCACCUCAAUGUGCGAGUCCGUAGACACGUACAGGCCGUGAUGCUCCAGGUUGGUUACACUAAGUGACCAUUCUUCCCUUUUACUUUUGUACUUUGCCUUGGGGUUGUAUGAGUAUAUAUUCAUCUUUGUUUUAAAACAAAGAUGAAGCAACUGUAUAUUAGUGAUAUCGAGAAGCCCACUAUGUUUGAAGACUACCUAGGACAGGACACUCGCAUAGCUCUUAAGUCGAUCAGUAUCAGAACGGUAUGGUUGAACCUGUACAGUAACAAUGAGUUUACUAUACGUAAGGUAGGGCCCGAUCAGAGAGUGACUCGGAUCGACAUCCUGAAUGGUUUAUACAGGAUAGAAGAUAUCGCGAGCAUUGUCAAGUGCCAAGCAGAGGACAAGAUUAAGCUUUUUGUCCUGAAAAAUGGACUCUGCAGACUCCGUGUCAGUAACGGGUGUAUUCUCAUAGAAUAAAUGAAUGAUGUAACGAAGCUAUACCCAAAUUUACUGAGUGCACCUGCACAAGGCGCUGAUAUGCAGGAGGAAAUCCAAAUAUACAGACUCAAAAAAAUUGAUGAUAUUGAAAACUAUCUGCGAAAUGAGAUCAAGGAGCAAGAUAAGCUUGCAAAGAAGUUUCAGAUGCAUGGGACGUGGGUACGCUUCUGUAACCAUGGACUACUUGGUGUGAGCGUCAUUACGUCGGGACUUGGUAUCGGAGCUAUAGCCUCGGGCCUAGGGAUCCCAUUGGCCAUUGCCAUGGGGGAACUCACGAUUGCAGCCGGGAUAGGGCAAGCCGGACUUAGAAACGCCUCAAAAAGGCUUGGGGUUAAGAGCAAGAAGCAUGAGGAAAGUAAACUGAACUCUGUCGUUGAUCUCAUAUCAAAGGCAAUGGAAAACGUUGUGAUCAGUGACUACGAGUACAGCCUGAUUAGUAGGGAAAAGGAAAGGUAUAUGCUGCUAAAGGAACAGAUGCGGCAACGUUUUAACCGUAUCGUGAACAGCAUCAAUGAACAGGAGAGAGUCCAGCUAGUUGCGAAGGGCCGUGAUGAAGGGAGGAAAGAAAUGCAAGAUGAAAUUUUAAAAAACGUUCGACCUGUGCAGUAUGCAAGCGCUACCUAGAGUCUCCACCUGAGUAUAAGCCUUAAUUUGGUAUAUUUUAUAGGUCUACAAGGCCUAUAAAAUAUAUGUUUUUUAUUCCUCACUCAGCAACCAUUCCUUUUUAAAGUCCUUAUAUCGACAUUCUGUAUUAAGUACCCGAGGGUAGUAGUUUUUGCCUUGCACAUACACCGAUGAAAUAGCCAGGAUAGCACCGGCUUGGCAGGACUCAUCAUAGGGCACUGGAAUACCAUAGAAUUUAGUUGUGAUCGCGUCCUUGUUGUAUUUGAGUUUAGCGUUCUCGUAACGGUCCUUUUUUACAGGGGCUGUCGUCAAUUGCUCAGAUGUCAACUUUUCGAUCUUGGACCAGAUUUGGCGAUACUUUGCAACUCAAUCAGGAUACUCUUCAAAAUCAAGACUCAUCGCUGGCACUGCAUUGGCGUUGUACCGGGUCACUUCAUGUGGGGACCAGAUUUUUGGUGUCUUCACUCUGAGGUCCACUACAAGGUCUCGUGUAUGGUAUCCUACUAUGUACCGAUUCUCCUUACCUCCAUUGGCAGGAAUGGGAUCCGACACCGUCAGAUAGUCCACAUUGAUAUCGUUGAUGUCCGUAAAGGUAGCAGCAAAUGAGUAAAAUAAUUUAGGGUUGACAAGCUCAUUUUCAAAUUAUUAUAUUUCAAACGACUUUGUACGUUGUAACCCAUAAUUUUUCCUAUGCGCAGGUUCAUGUCGGAAGGCAGCAUGUACACGCCGGGCAUGACGGCAAAAUUUACCGGAGUUUGGGCAUAUUGCAACACCUUCUGGAAUUCCGUAAUGUCAUGCCCCACAUUUUCCUGACGUUGGACCAUGGCCUCAAAUUUCUGCAAUAAGAUUUACCUUGCUGUAUAGUUGUCUACGCCGGAGCCAAGUAAGGAUGCUUUUGCCUCUGCUUGCGAUCCUAGCAAUAGGACCACGUAAACCCGUAUACUCUCGCUUAGCUUGGUCAGGCCCUCCGAUGUUAGGCCCUAACUUGUGGGAGCUAUAAAUUUAGCCCAAUCCCCAUCAACUUGCGGCCACCAUCUACCAUUCGUCAACGACGACAUGACAGCCUUGAAUUUGUACAAAGCAUUGACAUCUGCACCGUAUUCUCGACUUACCUGUGCAUACCCAGAGGUGGAAUAGGGAUUUUUGUACUGAGAAAAACCGUCGUCCAUUCUUGCUAGGAUACGACGCAUAUGGUAGUACACGUGAAAUGUGAAGAUCAAAUUGACAAGGGAUACAGAACCCGUCAGAUGCUUGGCAGAUAUGCCUAAUGCAGUGCUUGCGCAAUGAGUACCGAAAUUAACCUGGAUAUUCCAGUGGUCCAACGCUUGCCCUGUCCAAUCCACUCUGACGGGGUCAUUUAGCAGAUUGGAGGGGAUUUUUAUGGCAUAUUUGGUAAACUCGGGGAAUGCCACCUCAAUGUGCGAGUCCGUAGACACGUACAGGCCGUGAUGCUCCAGGUUGGUUACACUAAGUGACCAUUCUUCCCUUUUACUUUUGUACUUUGCCUUGGGGUUGUAUGAGUAUAUAUUCAUCUUUGUUUUAAAACAAAGAUGAAGCAACUGUAUAUUAGUGAUAUCGAGAAGCCCACUAUGUUUGAAGACUACCUAGGACAGGACACUCGCAUAGCUCUUAAGUCGAUCAGUAUCAGAACGGUAUGGUUGAACCUGUACAGUAACAAUGAGUUUACUAUACGUAAGGUAGGGCCCGAUCAGAGAGUGACUCGGAUCGACAUCCUGAAUGGUUUAUACAGGAUAGAAGAUAUCGCGAGCAUUGUCAAGUGCCAAGCAGAGGACAAGAUUAAGCUUUUUGUCCUGAAAAAUGGACUCUGCAGACUCCGUGUCAGUAACGGGUGUAUUCUCAUAGAAUAAAUGAAUGAUGUAACGAAGCUAUACCCAAAUUUACUGAGUGCACCUGCACAAGGCGCUGAUAUGCAGGAGGAAAUCCAAAUAUACAGACUCAAAAAAAUUGAUGAUAUUGAAAACUAUCUGCGAAAUGAGAUCAAGGAGCAAGAUAAGCUUGCAAAGAAGUUUCAGAUGCAUGGGACGUGGGUACGCUUCUGUAACCAUGGACUACUUGGUGUGAGCGUCAUUACGUCGGGACUUGGUAUCGGAGCUAUAGCCUCGGGCCUAGGGAUCCCAUUGGCCAUUGCCAUGGGGGAACUCACGAUUGCAUCCGGGAUAGGGCAAGCCGGACUUAGAAACGCCUCAAAAAGGCUUGGGGUUAAGAGCAAGAAGCAUGAGGAAAGUAAACUGAACUCUGUCGUUGAUCUCAUAUCAAAGGCAAUGGAAAACGUUGUGAUCAGUGACUACGAGUACAGCCUGAUUAGUAGGGAAAAGGAAAGGUAUAUGCUGCUAAAGGAACAGAUGCGGCAACGUUUUAACCGUAUCGUGAACAGCAUCAAUGAACAGGAGAGAGUCCAGCUAGUUGCGAAGGGCCGUGAUGAAGGGAGGAAAGAAAUGCAAGAUGAAAUUUUAAAAAACGUUCGACCUGUGCAGUAUGCAAGCGCUACCUAGAGUCUCCACCUGAGUAUAAGCCUUAAUUUGGUAUAUUUUAUAGGUCUACAAGGCCUAUAAAAUAUAUGUUUUUUAUUCCUCACUCAGCAACCAUUCCUUUUUAAAGUCCUUAUAUCGACAUUCUGUAUUAAGUACCCGAGGGUAGUAGUUUUUGCCUUGCACAUACACCGAUGAAAUAGCCAGGAUAGCACCGGCUUGGCAGGACUCAUCAUAGGGCACUGGAAUACCAUAGAAUUUAGUUGUGAUCGCGUCCUUGUUGUAUUUGAGUUUAGCGUUCUCGUAACGGUCCUUUUUUACAGGGGCUGUCGUCAAUUGCUCAGAUGUCAACUUUUCGAUCUUGGACCAGAUUUGGCGAUACUUUGCAACUCAAUCAGGAUACUCUUCAAAAUCAAGACUCAUCGCUGGCACUGCAUUGGCGUUGUACCGGGUCACUUCAUGUGGGGACCAGAUUUUUGGUGUCUUCACUCUGAGGUCCACUACAAGGUCUCGUGUAUGGUAUCCUACUAUGUACCGAUUCUCCUUACCUCCAUUGGCAGGAAUGGGAUCCGACACCGUCAGAUAGUCCACAUUGAUAUCGUUGAUGUCCGUAAAGGUAGCAGCAAAUGAGUAAAAUAAUUUAGGGUUGACAAGCUCAUUUUCAAAUUAUUAUAUUUCAAACGACUUCAGAGAAUUGCAUGUCAUUGUACAUGCGCAGCCGCCCCCAUUAUAUGUAAUAUAUUCGUGAUAACAAUACCAGCACAACAUUUUACCAUUUACCACGAACCGACGCCCGCAGGUACAUCUGUCGUACGCAUCGAAUACCCCUUCACAGUCGUUACAAUUCUCCAUUUAUUCUAUCAAUAAGAUCCUCUAGGUCUUUAAUCUUCCGUUCAUUAGCCUUCUCCCUAUCUGAUUCUUGUACCAAUGCCAGUGCUAUGAGUAGGAGGGAUAUGCCAAUACCAGCCAUGAAUGUCAUAAACGCAGCUGUUCCAAAGAUAUCGAAUUUUGAUUGACAGUUAAUGCACAUUUAUUAUAGUAUUAUCUUAUAACUAUGCUGUAAGAUAACGUUUCAAGCCAGUGCCAGGAAUUCCUCUUGCGUCAGGUCACCCCCAAGUCUUUUGAGGCGUCUCCAAUCCGGAGUAGACCUUCCUUUAUAGCGCCUUUUCAACAACCAUAUCGACAUUUCGUACGCGCUGUCAUACACCUUUCGAACGCAUCUC